AUGACUCGGACUUGGGCCUCUGUUACUCUUGGUAAGCUCUUUGGUGACGAUCCCACUUUCGGAGAACGGGUUUGCAUGCAACUCCUGACUUAUGUCAAGAUGUCCAUUGAGUUUAUCACGGAGGUGAAGCAUCUUUUCGAUCUUGAGCUGAAUAACCAUCAAAAUCAAGUUCAUUGGGUGACCAACAAGAUCAUAGUCAUCGUAGCAAUUUUUGUUAUACCCGUCUGCGUUCAGGCUUUCAUGAUGCCGUACGUCCAUCGAGCAAGCGAAGCUCUUCUGGAUUUCAUCUUCGAAAGAAACUUAGGAUUAUACAACACCGAGGAGAUGACCAUAGAGGACUAUGCCGAAAUUGUCAGGGCGGUGGUAUUGAUGGAUUGUCUGAGGCGUAGAAUGAAAAACUUCAAGACCAGAUUAAUUCACAGGAAAGUUGAAGAGGUGGCAAGACUCGAUGAUGAGUAUCAAUGCUCGAUUUGCUAUGAGGCAGUUGAGCCCGGAACGAUCGUCACAUAUCUACAUCCUUUUUGCUCACACUGGUUCGAUACUAAGUGUCUCAUAAUGUGGCUAAAGACCCAGUCUACACGUCCGAGCUGUCCAAUGUGCAGAACCGAAGUGAAUCUUGAUGAUAGGUCCAUAGAAGAAACGAUGGAAUUUUGGGACCGUUGGUAUGACUGGGAGAGUGAUGAUCAUAUUAUCGAUGAGACUGAAUGGAGUAUUAUAAAUGGAUCGGCUGAUCCAUGGGAUAUUUACCAGAGUCUAGAAGAAUGA